AUGCUGACGGAAGAAAUGAAGGUCUGGCACGGAAUAGUGAUCGCAGUGGUGUCUCUGGUACUGCAGGCCUGCCUCCUCGCAGCCGUCAACUACCUGCUCAGCAGGCACAUGGCCAAGGAGAAUGAGCGGAUACUGAAAAGGGCCAAGCACAAGGUCCCCAGGCCCAGCCCUGCCCACUGCUGCCCGCCUGCUGCCAAGAAGACGAAGGAGCCUAGGGCAGAGAGAAGCACACCCAUGCCUAAGCCCCAUUACCCACAUGACAGUGACACGUCCUCAGACAGCUCCGACAGCUCAGACAGCUCACCUCCCACCCACCAGGCCACCAAGGAUGUGAACUACACACAAGUGGACUUUUCAGCUCCUGGAAGACGAAGAAAUGACUCUGUCCUGGACUAUGAGAACAUAAAGGAAGCCACAGAUUAUGUCAAUGUCAAACCAAAAAGCCACAAGCCCGGUUUCUGGACUUUUGUGAACACUGGUGUCUUUGAGCCAGUGGAAUACAGCCAAGUGGCCAUGUGAAUUCUAGGCUUUUUAAUGGGGCGUAGUUCCUUAUGCAUUCUUGCACUUAUUUUGUAGGCGGACUAGUGUUUGGUUAUUUUUUUUGACAAGGAAAUAGGAGAAAAAGUAUGCCUGUAUGUCAGCAAGGAAUAUUCGGAUUAGGAAGAACUUCCAGGUUAAGUAUGAAAACACUGGCGCAUAUCAG